AUGACAUUCUCGUUACACUCCACCAUUCUGGCCUGUUUGGCUGUUUUUUAUUUCAGCGGCAUAGUAGCCGCCAAUGCAGGUGAUGUCAAUCUUUGUGGUCAAUCCGACUGGUGGAACGCGACCGAUGUUCCUUAUUCAUUCAACAACAAUGCCUGGGGCAAUGACAGCUCGGGAUACCAGUGUUUAUCCGUCCAUGACAGCGGUCGGAGCUUCAGCGUCGCUUACAAAUGGACUGGGGACGCAUCUCUCGUCAAAGGGUACCCAUAUAUGAAGGCACAUCCGACCAGGCUCCCCGUCCAGCUAUGGAAUGUUACCCAACUGCAGGUCACUGGGAGCUGGCAGACCUUUGUCACUGGCAAGGAAAAGGCCAGCGCUGACGAGCAGGCAAAAGCCUUUGACGAUGUCUCCCUAUACGCCAAUGUCGCCGUUGACAUGUUCUUGUCUGACAAUCGAGAAAACUCCACCAUGGUCGGCGCUCCCAUUGAGAUCAUGAUCUGGCCUUGGUGGACACCGACUGUGAAGCCUUUGGGCUGGGGUGAGUCUACGCCAGACAAGGAUACUGUCACUAUCGACGGCACGCCAUUCUCUCUGUAUCACGGCUGGAACGAUGGAGGACAGCAUGUUUUCUCCUGGCUAGCCCACACCAACCUCACCAAAACUGACGCUGACUACGGGCCUUUGCUCCAGUACAUCUGGAAAAGAGGUAUGCUGUCUGGCGCCCUCUGGCUAGGACAGCUCGAGCUGGGAACAGAGAUCAAGCAUGCUAUGGGGGAUAUGCAUUUCGAGGCUAGUAAUUACACCUUGAAAGUC